UUAAGAUAAGGAAAAUGAUUAAAAGAUUUUGAAAAUAUAUAAAUUACUAUAAUGUAUAAUAAAAAUGUGUUUGGUUGAUUAUUUAUUAAAUUCUGUAUGUAGGAUAUCUAUGUGGUCUCCAUCUUUUCUUUCCAGCUGUAUCCGCGCAUGCGCAAUAAAAGCAGCCGUUUUUUUUUUUUUUCUUUUUCUAACCACGCUGCCCAAUCCGCGCAUGCUCAAUAAAGCAUCUGUCCAAUCUGGUAUUUGGCGAGUUUGCGCUUGCGCGGUAACCGUCUUCCAUUGUCUACCAGCAACAGCGGCACCACGGCGGAGAGCUCUGGAAGCGCAGCGCACCUGGAUUAUAAACGCCGCCGCCGGACGCAAACACACAUUGACACACACUCUCAUACAUGCCGCAUGCUGAGUGACAUGCGGUGCCACAUGUCAUGGCCUGAUGUUCCGAGAUUAUUGGGCUUGAAAUGACCGAGGAAGGAGCAGCGUGCGGUGUGAGCGUGCUGCGGAUUCGUCCUCAGCGCCGCGGGCUUUGUCAUCGUUUCUGCCGUGAUUUCGCUCAGCCUGUCCUGUCAGUCACUUGACGAGGGCGUGCGUCGGUGUUUCCGUUCCGUUACAUCAAAACUGGCCCUUUUUUGUCUUUCUUAUAUUUUGAUCUUUUCCUGGUCUUGGAGUUGAUUUCUCCAUGACUCGACCGAGAAAACGGGCUCUCUCGUCUCCCGGACACAGCUGCUUCAGUCAGACUUGACAACCCGGAUUUUUUUUUUGUUGUUGCGUUUUGUCGGCACUCAAUUGAGGAAGCCCGACUGAAAAAUCCCCUCACUCGAGGGGCGACUCGUGUCCUCUUAUUUCCGUCACAUAACCCACCCCCGGACCCUUUACCCCACCCCACCCCUCUUCCUUCCGCGGGAACCCCGUUUUUCACAUGGGUGGUAAGCAGAGCACGGCGGCCCGUCCGCGGCCCCCGUUUCCUGGUGUGUCCACAGACGACAGUGCGGUGCCGCCGUCGGCCCACUUCGGCCACUUCCGAACGGCGGGGACGAUGGGGCUCCGCAGCCGCUCGGUGAGCUCUGUGGCGGGCAUGGGCAUGGAGCACAACGGCGCCGUGCCCUUCGGUUUCUACACCUCCACCACCAACGCCUCCACACAGGCCGCCCCGCCCAGGGCGACGGAACCGGACCGGGCUGCAGCGGGACAAGGCUCCGGUUCGGGCUCGGACUCGGUACGCGCUCACGGCUACCGCGAGACACCCGGGGAUGCGCGGCACACUGACGGCGUGUUGUACCUGGGCUCGCGCGGCUCGCUGGCGGACACGUUGCCCCUGCACAUCGCGCCGCGCUGGUUCAGCGCACACAGCGGCUUCAAGUGUCCUGUAUGCUCCAAGUCGGUGGCAUCCAAUGAAAUGGAGGUUCACUUCAUCAUGUGUCUCAGUAAGCCCCGCCUUUCCUACAACGAAGACGUGCUGGCAAGAGAUGCAGGAGAGUGUGUGAUCUGUCUGGAGGAGCUGCAACAGGGAGACACCAUCGCCAGACUGCCGUGCCUCUGCAUCUAUCACAAAAGCUGUAUAGACACGUGGUUUGAGAUCAACCGCUCCUGCCCAGAACAUCCUUCUGACUGACCUCCAUUUCCUCUUACUACUGCUGAGCAAGGGCACUUUAUGGACCUACACCUGGCUAUCUGGACACUGAUAAAACAAUCAGUCCUAUUUAUUCGAUCAGAUUGGAUCAAACCUGCGGCGGCAGCAACACGGAAAACCAAAAAAGAAGAACAGAACACACCAUCGAGUGUUACUUAUCACACGUGUCCCAUCAUCCCCUUGCCUGCUAUACUAGCUAGCGACUGUGCUACCCGUUACCUGCCCCUCAUUUUAGAGACCGACGCUGGAUCUUUGUCCCCCAGGAGUCUCGGGUCUUCGGGGUUGCCCCGUGUUCUUCUGGCGUACCUGUCCAACAAGAAGCUGGACAAAGGGCUCACAGUUGGAGGAGGGGGGUGGGGCCAAACGGAACCAAUCAGAUGGCCAAUUUUGGAAUAUGCCAAUUAGAUGGUCGUUGCUUGUACUUUGUGUUGUCCUUAUUUGGAGAUGGGGGCGGGGUUAGGUAUAGCGGGAUACUGGAUUAUGGGGUUGGAAUUCAUGUGGGUGAGUGUGUGUGUGUUCUGUGCACCAAAGCAAGGUAUGUGUGUGUGUGUGUGUGUGUGUGUGUGUGUGGGUAUGAAGUCUACAAAUUGCUGUGCUGUGAACAGUCUGGUGUGUGUGUGUGUGUGUGUGUGUGUGUGUGUGUGUGUGUGUGUGUGUGUGUGUGAGAGAGAGGGGGGCAUCAGCCCUGGGAAUUGAAAUUUUCCCAUUACAUCGGCCCAAUCUUUUUAUUUGCAUUUUAAUUUACAAUGUCACUUCAAUUCCCCCAUAAGGGGGUGUGUGUGUGUGUGUGUGUGUGUGUGUGUGUGUGUGUGUGUGUGUGUGUGAGUGCUUGUACACAUCUGGAAAGCUGCUUAACGUCUGAAUGUGGAACCACAGACAGACUGGUGUGAAACUGUUGCGAGAUACGAUCUUCCUCUACCCUUUGUGUUCUUUACAAUCCUGUGAGAAAACUCGCACAAAAUAAAAAGAAACUCUUGAAGCUCCAGGAUGCCUCUGCUGUAUAAAGAACAUCUGCUUUUAGAAAAUGUGAGAAUUGUAAGAAGAAGAAAAAAAUAUCCGCAAAGGAAAUACGAUGGAUGGAAAUACCCUGAAAAAGACUAAAGGGAAAAAGGCGGGGCCAUGCGAACUGACCAAUCACAUGGCAGUCCUGCUCCCGCUGUUGUGUUAAGGUGGCUGUUGCUUGUACUUCAUGUUAUCUUCAUUGGGAAAUGGAGGUGUGGGGUGUGGGGGUGAGAAUGGAAAUGAUCGCAAAGCGAAUCGGAAGCAGGAAACGCCACUUGGUGACGUUGGAACGCCGCUAAGGGACACUUUCGUUUCCUGCUUUCCUUCAUUUCAUGUUUUUAUUUUUUAUUUUUAUGGUGAUACAUUUCUGAAGAUGUGAAUGGACGCCUGUUUUUAGGAUGUUAAACUUAAAUGUCUGAUGACUUUGAUGUGCAGUCUGUGGGCUGAGUAAAACUGAUAAUGAUCAAUAUAAUAAAAAAAAUACAAAAUAUUAGACUUA